AUGGAGAUUUGGAAUGGCCUGAGGAGUAUAGCUGAAAGAGGAUUUGAGAAAUGGGUUGUCAUGGGUGAUUUCAAUGCCUAUGUGGAAGAAAGAGACAAACAAGGUGGUUCUGAAGUUGGUUGGGGAAGUAUGCAAGACUUUGAAAACUGUCUCAGUGACUGUGGUUUGUCAGAUCUAGGCUUCUCAGGUCCCAAAUUCACUUGGAAAAGAGGAGCCUUGCAAGAAAGGAUUGACAGGCUGGUGGUAAAUGAUGACUGGUUCCUACCGAUUAUCUUAAAGGAUGCUAGUGGAGACUUCUGUUCGGGAGAAAUCAAACCUUUUAGGUUCUUAGCUACUUGGUUGACUAAUGAGAGUUUUAGUGGAAUAGUGAACAAGUGUUGGAAUAGGAAUAAAAACUGGAUUCCUGCUAAAAAUGAGUUCCAUAAGGAAGCUGCUGCUUGGCAUCAACAUAUUUUCAAAAAGGAUCAGAGAAGGAAAUAUCAGAUUCAAAGGAGGUUAAGAGGUGUAGAUAACCAGCUCAAUGGGGGUCCAAAUGAAUCCCUAGAAAGACUCCACAGGGAGUUAUGGAAUUCAAGGUUCUUUCAUACUGCAACAGUUGCCAGAACCAGAAAAAAUAAGGUCACAGCCCUAAAAAAUGAGAGGGGAGAAUGGGUUCAGGACCAAGAAGCUCUCAAAGACAUGGUUGUUGGCUUUUUUAAAAAUCUGUAUGGGGGUGAUGACCAUUGUAAUCAGAAGCUGAACACUGAGAAUCUGUUCCCAGUACUAGAUGACCAGAAGUGGAGGGAUAUUGGAAAGAUGCCUAUGGUGGAGGAAAUUAGAAGAACCAUUUUUAGGAUGCAGCCUUAUAAAGCACCUGGUGCUGAUGGUCUUCAUGCAAUCUUCUUUCAAACACAGUGGGAUAAAGUGGGCAGUUCUGUUACCAAUCUAGUAGUCGAGGUGUUCAAUGAUCCAGUGAUGAAGGUGUCAGGUAUAAAUCAGUCCUUAGUUUGCUUAAUCCCUAAAGUUGAGAACCCAGAAGUGAUAAACCUAUUUAGACCCAUCAAUUUAUGCAAUGUUAUAUACAAAGUCAUCUCCAAGAUUAUUACUGCUAGGCUCAAAGAUCACAUGAGCUCUCUAGUAAUGCCAAAUCAAUGUAGCUUUGUGAAGGGUAGACAGGCUUCAGAUAACAUCAUCAUUAGUCAGGAGAUAUUCCACACCAUGAGAUCAAAGAGAGGUAGGAAGGGUUGGAUGGCUAUAAAGUUAGACUUAGAGAAAGCCUAUGAUAGAGUCAGCUGGUCCUUUUUGGAGGAGACCUUACACUUGACUGGAAUGUCCAAGAAGCUUGUAGAUCUUAUUAUGACUUGUGUUUCUUCUCCUUCCAUGAACAUCUUAUGGAAUGGAACACAAACUGAUUACUUUUCCCCUUCAAGAGGAAUUAGACAAGGAGAUCCUUUUUCUCCUUAUCUUUUUGUAUUAUGUAUUGAGAGGUUGGGACACUUGAUCAACUCAGCAGUUGAGAGAAAAGAAUGGCAUCCGGUUAAGAUGGGAAGGAAUGGGGCCCCCAUAUCUCACUUAUUCUUUGCAGAUGAUCUCUUAAUUUUUUCAGAAGCUAGUGAAGAUCAAGCAAAUUUGAUUGGGAAUAUUCUGGAUCAAUAUUGCUGUGCCUCUGGACAGAAAAUUAGCAACAGUAAAACUAGAUGCUUCUUUUCCAAGAAUGUGAACCACAAUAGAAGAAGGGAGCUAAGUCAGUCUCUUAAUUUUGCAGUCACUGCUGAUUUAGGUAAGUAUCUUGGGAUCCCUAUUUUUCAUAAAAGGGUGAACAAAAAUACUUUCAGAUUUAUUUUGGAUAAAACUAACAAAAAGUUAAAUGCUUGGAAGGAAAAAUGUUUGUCUCUGGCUGGUAGGGUGGUACUAACCAAAGUUGUUCUGUCAGCCCUCCCUACUUAUGCUAUGCAGACUUCUUUGAUACCAAUUGGCACCUGUGAGGCUGUGGAGCAAAAAAUGAGAAGCUUUAUUUGGGGUUCAAAUAAAGAGAAGAGAAAGAUCUAUGCUUCUCCUUGGAGUGUGGUAUGUAAAGCAAAGAAGAAUGGGGGCCUAGGAAUUAGGAACCUGAGAUUGGCUAACAAAGCUUGCCUGAUGAAGAUUGGGCAUGGCCUAAUGACUCAGAGGGAAGAUCUGUGGGUGCAAGUGUUGAAAAACAAGUAUAAAGUAAAGGCUGGUCUACUGCCUAAUAUCCCUAAAAAAUCUAUCUGUUCAAAUCUUUGGUUGGGGAUUUCUAAGGUUUGGCAGAAGGUUUAUGAAGGCUCGAAAAUGAUGGUGGGAAAUGGCCUGGGAAUAUCUUUCUGGUGCGAUAAAUGGUUGCCAAUUGGCCCACUUUUGAAUCACACAAUCCAGGAUAUUCCAUUAGGAAUGCAGGAGGAGUUUAGCCAACUGGUUACCCAAGAGGCUGUCAAUCUUAUAGCUGGGGUCUGCCCUCCUAGUCCAGAAGAGGAUGAGGACAGAAUAAUCUGGGAGGUAUCCCAGGAUGGCAGCUUUUCCAUUAAAUCUGCUUUCAACAUGCUGUGCAGGGAGGAGUCAAAUACCUUGCAGGUUGAUUGGAACUCAGUUUGGGAGUGGGGUGGACCUCCUAGAGCAAAGACUUUCUUAUGGCUCUUACUUGGGGAAAAUCUCCUAACAAACUCAAGAAGAGUUCAGAGACACUUGGCAAGUUCUAAUUUGUGUCCCAGAUGCCACAUUGAUCCUGAAGAGUGUAUCCAUGUAAUGAGGGAUUGCAGCUGGUCAGAAAAGAUAUGGAAAUCCUUGAUUGAGCCUGACAAAUGGACCGAGUUCUUUUCUCUCCAUCUUCAGAACUGGCUGUACAUAAACCUUGAUCCAAAGAAAUGUUUGUUGGGAGGAGUAAAAGGGAACAUUCUUUUUGGCAUUAUCUGCUGGUUUAUCUGGAAAGAAAUAAAUAAUUUUAUUUUUGAAGGGGAAAUUCCCAGUGAAGGAAACACUGUCAGGCAGGCUUGCACUUAUUUUACAAAUUUUUUGGAUGCAAACUCCUUAUAUAACAGAACGGGUCUUCUGAACAGAAGGAAAGAGGAGAUUCUGGUUCAUUGGACACCUCCACCUAUGGGAUGUGUUAAAGUCAACACUGAUGGAUCUUCCAAAAGUGGCAAUAUACAGGGAGGCUGUGGAGGUAGCUUAAGGGAUGUAUCUGGUCUGUGGCUGAAGGGCUUUGCUAAAAGGUUGGGUGCCUGCAACUCGAUGAAAGCUGAAAAUUGGGGAAUGCUACUGGGAUUGCAGAUGGCAUGGGAUCUUGGUCAUAGAAGAGUUAUUAUUGAAGGAGAUUCUCAGGCUGCACUGAAUUUAAUUAAUGAGGGAGUUGCUGGAAACCAUCCUCUAGCUGGCUUAAUCAGAAGAAUUGGCCAGAUCAGAAGCUGGGAUUGGCAAGUGGAAUUCAAGCAUGUCAAUAGAGAGGGAAAUGGGGUAGCUGAUUGGCUUACUAAUUUUGCCUGUUCUCUUGGUUGGGAAGCUGUGUUCUUAGAUCAUCGUCCUGAAGGGUGUGCUAAGUUAGUUUUUAAUGGAGAGCCUCCUCCUCCUGUUCUGGCGGACCUUGCUGCCAUGGAUGAUGAAGCUGAGUUCUCGGGGAUUCUUGAUAUCUUUGUUCAUCAUGCUAGGAAUAUUCAUAACAUAUGCAUCUAUGAUGAUCAGGAUGUAUAUGCUAAAUUCUCUCUUACUUACAACCCCGAUGAGACUCUCUCUACCAGAAUUAUUAAUCGAGGUGGCAAAAACCUAACAUUCAAUGAAAACUUGAGGAUGAAGAUUACCCGAAUGGAUGGUGUUCUGAAAUGUGAGAUUCAGAUGUUUGGUCGGGCUAGAAAUCCCAUGGAAGACCAGCUUUUGGGCUUUGCUUUGGUCCUAAUUUCUCAAGUUGUUGGCAAAGGAAAGGUGACUGAAGAUUACAACCUUUCCUCCACUGACCUUUUCCAUUCUCCUGCUGGAACUGUCCAAUUAACACUGUCUUUAGACACAUCUUUGGAUAUCAAUUCCACAAUGAAUUUGAUAUAUGAAUCAGCAAACAGUUCAUCUAUAUCAACAGAAGUUAUUUUGCUUGAUAGAAAAAUCUCAGAAUACUAUGACUAG